AUGACAGGCCACAGUGAGGUCUCAGAGACUGCCCCAUCCCUGCUCCUUUUUGGGCUUGUGGGCAGACAGCUGGGGCUCAGGGUGGGGUUACAGGUGGUUCAGACAGUGUCUUGUUCUCGUUGGGGUACACCCAGCAACCAGGGUCUGUUUCAGGAUGGAGAUGUAGUUAUUGGUGGGCUCUUUAAUGUUCAUUCCAAGCCCCCAGCUAUAGACAAUGACUUCACUCAGCUGCCUCACUUCAACCCUUGCACUGGUUUGGAAAAUCUUCCAUUACAGUAUAUUUAUGCUAUGGUGUUUGCGCUAGAGGAAAUCAAUCACAGUACAACCUUGCUGCCAGGGGUGAAGCUGGGCUACUAUAUUCGUGAUAGCUGUGGCAUAUCCCUGUGGGCUAUGCAGGGGGCACUGUCACUGGUUGGAGGAGACAGCGCCAGCUGUAAUUCAACAGACCCUCCAGACUAUUCUGCUGGGUAUGGAGAGGGAAUCGGAGAAAAAAAAGGUGAUCAGCCUGUUCCUUUGAUCAUUGGUGGUUCCUCAUCCGAAGAAGCCAAGAUACUCUCCAGAUCCCUGGGGCCACUCUCUAUGAGUUACACAGCAAGCUGUCCCUGUCUGAGUGACCGGCGCCAGUAUCCUAACUUCUUCAGGACCAUGCCCAGUGAUAUUUACCAAGCCUGGGCCAUUGCCCAGCUUGCCAUACGAUUCAAUUGGACCUGGAUUGGGGCUGUGGUAGUAAACAACGAUUAUGGCCAUGUGGCAAUAAAGUUAUUUCAGGAGGAGACUCAGGAGGCAGGGGUAUGUCUGGCAUUUAUAGAGACUCUCCAAAGGGAAAACAUUGUGAGUGAUGCCAGACGAGCAGCCCUCACAAUUCAGGCGUCGACUGCAAAAGUGAUUCUAAUCUUUACCUGGUACACAGAUGUGAGGGAACUGUUCCUGCAACUCUCCAAGAUAAAUGUGACUGACAAACAGUUUGUGGCCAGUGAGGCGUGGAGCACAAGUGGUGAUCUUCUCCAAGAUCCCCUCACUUCUGUAGUGGCAAGGGGUGUGCUUGGUGUGGCCAUUCGAAGUAGAGCUAUACCUGGAUUUGAAAAUUAUAUCAGAAGUUUGAACCCAUCUCGUCAUCUCGACAAUACGUUCUUAAGAGAAUUCUGGGAAAAGAUGUUUAGUUGUAGUCCUGGGGCCACACAAUUCUCCACAUAUGCCUCUUCACUACUGUCUCAGUCAGACAGGUUGCUUCAAAAAACUUCUCAACAACCCUGCAGUGGCACAGAGUCCCUGGAGGGAGUGCAGAAUCACUUCACUGAUACCUCUCAGCUCAGAGUGACAUAUAAUGUCUACCUUGCUGUUUAUGCUGCAGCCCACGCCCUUCACAGCCUUCUCUGCCCCGUAAGAAACAGCUCACCUGAAAACAACAGCUCAACCUGCUCUUCUCCAAAAAACAUCAAACCCAUAGAGCUGUUGCGGCACUUAAACAACGUGAACUUCACAACGCCACAGGGUGAAAUGUUUUAUUUCCAAGACGACGACACUCCAGCAAAGUACGACCUUCUCAACUGGCAGAACACCCCUGAGGGGUCACUCAAACUUGUUUUGAUUGGUCGUGUGGACGGGUUUGACCUCCAACUAAACGAGUCAGCUAUUCAGUGGAGCACCGGAUCCAAUCAGGUGCCUACUUCAGUGUGCAGUGAGAGCUGCCCCCCAGGCACCCGAGAGGCCAGCAGGAAAGGAGAACCUCUCUGCUGCUUUGACUGUAUCCCAUGUGCUGAUGGGGAGAUUAGCAAUCAAACUGGUUCCCUUCACUGUGAGCGUUGUCCAUUAGAGUUUUGGUCCAAUGCUAAACGAACUGCCUGCAUCCCUCGCCAGCUGGACUUCCUUUCCUUUAGUGAAACUUUGGGCAUUGCCCUGACUACAGCAGCUGUGUCUGGUACUGUGGUGACAACAGCUGUAUUUGUAGUUUUUCUUUACUAUCGUCAAACACCUAUGGUACGAGCCAACAAUUCAGAACUGAGCUUCCUGCUUCUCCUGUCGCUGAAGCUCUGCUUCCUGUGCUCACUGGUGUUCAUUGGUCGUCCAUCAGUCUGGACUUGUCGGUUCCAGCAGGCAGCUUUUGGGAUCAGCUUUGUACUUUGUGUUUCCUGCCUCCAAGUGAAGACCAUAGUAGUUCUGGCAGCUUUCCGCUCAGCUCGGCCUGGUGCUGAAGCCUUGAUGAAGUGGUUUGGUCCAGGCCAACAGAGAGGAAGUGUUUGCCUCUUUUCCUGUUUACAGGUCAGAGUUUUCAUUUGUCUUAUUUGGCUAUCGCUCAGCCCCCCUGUGCCUCAAGCUGACUUGGAUAUCCCAGGGUUAAAGGUCACCCUCAAGUGCGCCAUGUCCUCUGUGGUGGGCUUCUCUCUGGUUCUGGGUUACAUUGGCCUGCUGGCCUGCACCUGUCUCCUUUUGGCCUUUCUUGCUCGGAAACUCCCUGACAACUUCAAUGAGGCCAAACUGAUCACCUUCAGCAUGCUGAUAUUCUGUGCUGUUUGGAUAGCUUUUGUUCCUGCUUAUGUUAGCUCUCCUGGAAAAUAUGCUGUUGCUGUGGAGAUUUUUGCAAUUCUCGCCUCUAGCUAUGGUUUACUUUUCUGUAUCUUUGCUCCAAAGUGUUUCAUCAUUUUGAGGCCAGAUAAAAAUACUAGGAAACACCUAAUGGCCAGGUAG